UGAAGAGGGGGGCGAAGAGGCGAACUCGAGCAGGAAAAAGCAGCAGCAGAGCAGAAUAUCUCUUGCCGCACACCGCGUCCGCGACCGUGACCUCCCUGCCCGACGAGCUCUCUCCGAUGGCAUCUCAGGAUUCCAAGCCCGCGCAAGUCCCGGCCACCGCCGAGCUCACGGCCCCGGCGGCUGCUGCCGCAGGGGAGGCGCCGAAUCCCACUUCCCCGACAGCAGCCCAAAACCCUAGCGCUGCCGCGGCCGCCGCCGCCGGUGGGGCAGCCACGGAUCUAGAGAAGAAGAUGCGCCGAGCGGAGCGGUUUGGGACGCAGGUGGUGAUGUCCGAGGACGAGAAGCGAAGCAGCCGCGCCGAGAGGUUUGGGACCGGAUCUUCCAAUGAAAAGAUGGAGGAGCAGAAGAAGAAGUCCAGAGCUGAGAGGUUUGGCCUUCCCACGCCCUCCUCUGAUGAUACCGAGGCAAAGAAAAAAGCCCGCUUAGAGCGAUUUGGUCAGAGCACAGAAGUUGGCAAGGCGGAAGAAGAGAAGCGGAAGGCACGGGCCCUUAGGUUUGCAGGAGCGCCUAGUGGGUCAUCUGAAGGAAAGGACAAAGACACCUCCAAGCCGGACACGGCUACUGUAGCUGGCACGGCAUAAUGGAAAACAGUCCCUGCCUUUUUGAGGGUCGUCUCAAACAUGCCCCUCGAGACGUCGGUGAAGCCGUAGUUUGUACAAGACUAACAACGCCAAUGGCGUCGAUGUUAUCGGAGCCAUUCGUGUGCUGUUUACUGUGUAGCGCUUGAUGACUUCCUUGCUGUACUCCGCUUGGAGCCAUUUGAGUGCUGUUUACCGUGCAGCACUCGAAGACUUCCUUGCUGUACUCGCUGGCAGCAUAGUCUGUUUGCUGCCUGGUCUGGGGACACCUGUGUACUACAGUACUUCGUUUCCCUUUGUAGUGGUACUACUUCUUAGCCAUGUACUCGUGUCUGUUCA